AUGGCGGCGGAGGGGGGCCGGGUGCAGAUCUCCUUCCCCCAGCACGCGGCGGCGCUGCUGGAUUCCCUCAACCGCCUGCGGCUGGAAGGGAAGUUCUGCGACGUGGCCGUCCACGUGGGCGGUCGGAUCUUCCCGGCCCACAAGAGCGUCCUGGCUGCCGCGUCCCCUUUCUUCCACGACAAGUUGCUUCUGCAAGAUGGGGGGCGCCUGCUGUUGCCCCCCGCCAUCGACCCCGACGCCUUCGAGGGGCUCCUGCAUCUCAUCUACUCGGGGCGCUUGACGUUGUUGUUGGAGGCCCUGCCCGGUCAUCUCUUGGUGGCCAGCGGUCUCCAGAUGUGGCACGUGGUGGACCAGUGCUCGGAGAUCUUGAGGGAAUUGGAGGGUGGGGCGUGCCGGUGGGCUGGGCGGGGCAGCGAGGUGAUGUCAUCAUCAUCGUCAAGUGGCCGCGGCGGUGAGGCUUCAUCAUCCUGGACCGCCCGUGGUGGAGAUGGGUCUUCAUGUAUCACCCAUGGUGGAGAUGGGUCUUCAUCAUCAUCCUGGACCACCCGUGGUGGAGAUGGGUCUUCGUGUACCACCCAUGGUGGAGAUGGAGGAUCAUCGUGGACCACCCGUGGUGGAGAUGGGUCAUCAUGUCCCGCCCGCGGUGGUGACGGAGCGUCAUCAUGGCCCAGCCGUGGUGGCGAUGGGUCUUCAUCGUCCUCGUGGACCACGCGUGGUGGUGAUGGCUCAUCGUGUCCCACCCGCGGUGGUGACGGAACAUCCUCGUGGUCCACCCGUGGUGGUGAUGGGUCUUCAUCAUCAUCGUGGCCCGUGCGUGGUGGCGAUGGCUCUUCAUGGGCCACCCGCGGCAGUGACGCGGUGACGCCGUCUUUCACCAAGGAGGGGGGCGAGGAGGAGGUCCUCAAGAUCUGCGUGGAGGAAGAGGAAGAAGAAGAAGAAGAAGAGGAGGAGGAAGAGGGUGGCCACCGCCGCCGCCCUACUGACGCCCUCCAGAUCGUGCUGGAGGAGGAAGAGGAGGAAGACGGGGCACCCGGAGACGCCCAUGAGCCCCCCAAGAUCUUCUACAUCAAGCAGGAGGCGGGCGACGCCGCUGCCGUUGAGGGCCUCCUGCCGGCGGCGGAGUUGGCGGGCGGCUUCGCGCCGGCGGAGGUGAGCUACGUCAUCCCGGCGGCGGCCGUCUUCCCGCAACCGUCUUGGAAACCGGUGGACCUUCACGGGAACGAGAUCUUGGGCCGGGGUCAAGCCCUUCACGCUCCGGUGAAGUUGGGAGCUGCUCCCGACGGCAAACGUUUCGGUUGCUUGUGCGGUAAACGGUUUGCCGUUAAACCCAAGCGGGAUCGGCACAUCAUGUUGACCUUCAGCCUACGUCCCUUCGCCUGCGCCGCCUGUCACAAGCGUUUCAAGUUGAAGCAUCACUUGACGGAGCACAUGAAGACCCACGACGGAGCCGGGCGGGCCUGCGAGCGCUGCGGCCGGCGCUUCCGCCUGCGGAGCGGUUUGGCCAAACAUCGGCCGCUCUGUCAGGGGGCUCGUUGGGGAGGGGGGUGCUGGGCCUGCGAGUGA